AUGAUCUGUGGCUGGGACAAGACGAAGAUCGUCCCCGCGUCUCCAGUAAACCCUGUCAGUACCGCGCCGGGAGGAUCGCACGCGACUGGCCUGCAGCCGAAAUAUGUUCUGCCUCCCCUGCCUCACCCAUGUCCGCACGAGCACAUUGCGAUCAUAGCCACGGACCGCGGGCUACUGCUGAGACCUCAUUUCUUGAGCGAGACUCAUGUGGAGUCGUACGUCUGCAUUCCCUGGGGGAAGAACGCUACGGUCGAGGACGUGGUCGUGUAUGGGAUUGUGGGGAUCCUCACCCUAUCUCUGGUAUUUGUUCCAUUAUCGUCGUACUUGCUCGUAAUUUCAGCGCGGACGGAGGUCGGCCACUUACUUGACCCUAGACACGCCGUAUACAGCGUAAAGGGGAUUACGUCCAUACCGCUUGCCGAGGACCGUGCUCGUCCAAUCCUAUCCACUCUCGCCGUUCGCAACAGCACCGAUGCCCGCGGCUCUCUUGCACCUCCCUCCUCCAGGCCAGACACACCUUCUGUCGACGCAGAACUCCUCCAUGCAUCACAACGUACACCUGCUGAGACACUGUUCUCAGCAAGCUCAGUCAUAUCUCCCAACAACGGAGGGACGUCCUCUCCCCGCGUGACGUUUGCAGCAGAGCCCAGCAUCAAGAUCAUGUCACCACAGACGUCUCACGAGUGCUCCCCUUCGCCGUCCUCGUCUGUGAUGUCCGUCGCGUCGUCCGCUCCAUCUUCGACGUUUACAACGAACACCGAGUCGGUGGCGAAGACCCUAGCGGCGCGCCUCUCGUUCUGGAAUCGGCUGCCCAGGCGGACUUCUGCUGCCGCAACUUCGUCAGAGCAACACGGUGCGGAGGAGGAGCCUGAGACAGAGACAGACGCGGACAAGGAUCAUGCGCGCCUUUCUCUGGACAAUAUGAUGAAGGAGAAUAAUGACGAACCCGCACAAAUCGUGGAGUCCAUACUGCAAACGACUGCUCCCGCGCCUGCCACGCAGGAGGAGAAGCGCGGCGAGCUGGAGGACAAGGUACUGCGCGAAGUUAUCCGGGAGUACACGAAGGGCGGCAUGUACUUUGCGUAUGCUUUCGAUGUCACUAGGUCCCUGCAGCACAAACACGAGAUGAUCGCGAAGGCGCACACGCAGAAUGCGCUGCUUAAGGAGCUCAAUGCCCUAAAUGAGGAGAAGACGCUCGGACCAAUUGGCGAGAAUGUCGAGGUGCUCGAUGAGCCCUCGCCCACUCUUCCUCUGUGGCGCAGAGUGGAUCGUCAGUUCUGGUGGAAUGAAUGGCUCUCAAAGCCGUUCAUCGACGCCGGGGUGCACCCAUACGUGCUGCCUGUUAUGCAAGGCUACUAUCAAAUUGCAUCGUUCCACGUCCCCCGAGAACCGGUGGCGGCGGAGGAGGGCGACGCGGCUCUCGUCGACUAUGUUGUUGUGUCAAGAAGGUCAAGGGACCGUGCCGGCCUGAGAUAUCAGCGUCGAGGGAUCGACGAGGAUGCCAACGUAGCGAAUUUUGUAGAGACGGAGACCAUCAUGCGCGUAGAGCGCGAAGGCUUCUCGAACGUCUUCAGCCACGUUCAAAUCCGCGGAUCUAUACCUCUGUACUGGAAGCAGGAAGGGUAUAGCCUUAAGCCUGCUCCCCAGCUUGCACCUGACAGGACCCACGACCAAAACCUCGAUGCCAUCCGCCGGCAUUUCCAGAAGACAUUAGCGGUAUAUGGGCCUCAUAACAUCAUCAACCUUGCCGAACAGCACGGCAAGGAAGCACAGGUCACUGACGCCUAUCGUGACUAUGUGAAAGAGCUCGAUGACAAGCGGAUACAGUACCAUACGUACGACUUCCAUGCGGAAACGAAGGGGAUGAAAUAUGAGAAUAUUUCGAAUCUCAUCGCCCAACUAGAGCGCGUGUUUGAGAAUCAGGGCUACUUCUGGAUCUCGAACAACACCAUAAUGUCCCGCCAGAACGGCGUGUAUCGGGUGAAUUGUAUUGACUGCUUAGAUCGGACGAAUGUAGUGGAGUCGGCAUUCGCACGCCACGUAUUGAAUCGCCAGCUCGAAACUGACAUAGUCUUCAAUGAUGUUUGGGCGAAUAAUGGUGAUGCCAUUAGUCGCGAAUAUCAAGCGGUGAUCGACUACAUGCUGGGCAACCGCACAAUUUCCGUGUUCGCGGAAUUCUUGAACAAGCUGCAGUCGAGCGACCCGCGGGACCUCAUACGCAUCUCGAAGAUCCGGGCGGAUGCCAUUGCAACAUGGUGUCUCGUGUGCUAUCCGAGGGGAGCGCUUGUGUCCGGAUGGACGGUGUUCUCGCCCACGGAGUUGAACACAAAGGUCGGGGAUAAGUUUGAGGAGAAGGUGUUAUUGUUGACGAUGAAGGCUCUAUAUAUCAUAAGUUAUGACUAUACUCUGGAAAAGGUCAAAAUGUAUACCCGUGUACCAUUGAAGGAUAUAGAGAAGGUCACAAAAGGCGCCUACAUAUUGUCACCCCUAGAAGAGGCUAGCCGUGACCCUGAACAAAACUCCGGUUUCGUCAUCACCUGGCGUAAUGUAGGCCAAGACACUCGUGUCACAAGCUAUUCAAUACGCAACAGCCUCGAUCUAUCUUCUCCAUUAGCGAGCGAGCGCUCCUGUGCCCGAACGCAACCUACAUUGUCGUCGCUGCUGUCAAGGGCAGCCGUUCCGAUCGCUGAAGGCGAUUCGUCGUUUGUAGCAUUCAAGAUGCUGCCCAUCGAUCCCACCCGCAUGCGUCGAGAUACUGGCAGUUUCAUCGAGCCUGCCGACGAGCUCUCAGGGGCGACAAAUUGCAAGCAGGCAACGGACCUGAUUGUGGAUACGAUCCGGCAGGCUUGUGUGGAAGCGGGCGGCGCGCAAGGCGAUGAAUUCAUCGCCGAGGAGGACAUCGUCAGCCUGGCAGAUGCGCAACGCAUGACAAGCGUGUACGCUAAAAUGGAAUACGGCGUGAAGAGAUUGCUGUGGUUGGGUGGCUCAUGA